GGAGCCCGAGCGCCGAGCCGGAGCCCGCCCAGCCCUGCGCCCGGAUUAAGGGGCGAUGCCGUUCGGUCUGGCCACCCCCUGCGAGCACGGCUCCGGAGACAAAGCCAGCGCGUGAGCGGCGCCCUCGGCCCGGGUGAGCCUCAAAGCAGGAGCCCUGACUCAGCCUCUCAUCUGACGACUGUCAGCUGCCACUGCCGCCAGCCCAUCCCCUGCCCAGGCCUGUUGCUGUGCCAUCUCUCAGCAGGGGCAGCAGAAUGAAAGAAGGCAUGUCCAGUAACAGCACUGCCAGCAUCUCCCAAGCCAGGAAGGCUGUGGAGCAGCUGAAGAUGGAGGCCUGCAUGGACAGGGUGAAGGUCUCCCAGGCAGCAGCGGACCUCCUGGCGUACUGUGAAGCUCACGUGCGGGAGGACCCUCUCAUCAUUCCAGUGCCUGCGUCAGAAAACCCCUUCCGAGAGAAGAAGUUCUUUUGUACCAUCCUCUGACUCCGUUUGCUAUGAAAACGUCUCCUUUUCGGUCCGUAAAAUCCCUUGUAGAGACCGCGCAUGCUCAUAGCUUUAGGGAGCUCUGCCCACACCCACCCCCGCCCAACCAGGAUUGCCCAGGCCUGUCUCCUCUUUUCACUGGUUUUCUUCACUGCAUUCUAUUUCACUUUUUCUUUUCAUUUUCAUGUUAUUUUCAUUAUUAGAAAAUGAAAUAGACAUUUUUGUAGCCAAAUAACAAAUGUGCC